UCUCUGAAGGAGCAUCUUGAUCAGUUAGGAGUUAGAAAGCUCUUUUAUUUUCUUGACUCUGGGGCUACAUAAGCUCUUGAUUUAUGUCAGGAAGGAGAUGCCAGCCCAUGACAUGGACUGUGAUGUCUCUUCUCUAGUUGCCUGUGUAGUGGAUAUAGAGGUAUUUACCAACCAAGAUGUUAAGGAGAAAUUUGAGAGCUUGUUCCGUGCUUAUGAUGACUGUGUGACAUUUCAGCUGUUUAAAAGUUUUCGACGCAUAAAAAUUGACUUCAACAACCCCAAAUCAGCUGCUAAUGCUAAAACAGAACUUCAUGAAACACAGUUCCAAGGGAAGAAAUUAAAGCUUUACUUUGCAAAGGUCCAGACUUUGGAGAAUGAUGGGGAAGCCUUCCACUUGGCUCCACCCCAGCCGUCCAAGCAAUUCCUCAUCUCCCCUCCAGCCUCCCCUCCUGCAGGUUGGCAAUCGAAAACUGAUGAUACACCAGUCAUCAAUUAUGACCUCCUGUAUGCUGUUUCUAAACUGGGACCAGUAUUUUUUCUUGAUUUCCAGGUGAGAAAUAUGAACUACAUGCAGGUACUGACUCCACUCCAAGUGUAGUUGUACACAUCUGUGACAGCCAUGCAACAGAAGAGGAGGCCCCAAACAAUAUACCAAAGCCACAAAUUAUACAGACUCGACGUCCUAGCCUCCCAUCCUCUAUGUGUAGUUGAUUUGCCCCAAGAAGAACAUAAUAUCUCUCAUUUUCUCCGAGUAGAAGUCAGCCAUGUCUCUCUGUGUAAUCCAGUAUUUAGUUUCUUAGCAUAUUCCCUGUAUGGUAAUGGAGCCUAAGCGACAACAGGGCUCAGAAUGUGCUUUGUAAUCAUUUUUAUGUCACAUUCCUGCACAUCAGAAGGAGAGAGGGGAUUAGGUGGAGGGAUUUUUGAAACUUCUUUAGGCUGCAACCUGGGAUAAAGUCAGCAAGCCUUUCUUUUAAGGAAACAUAUCAGAUUGUAUUGCACAAACCAAGAUUCUUUAAAUGUUAUUCAUUAAAUGGAGGUAUUAAUGUUGGAUGUGUUGUUCUGAUCAAUAGUCCUCACAUGUUCCAAAGCAUAUUUCUAUAAAUAGGUUUUUCUUAUAUUUACUGUACAGCAUAGCUUUCUUCUCCGGGCUUCAAUUAGGAGGACCUCUUGUUCAAUGGAAGACUCCAUCCCAGACCCACCUUAUAAUACUCUAUCUGCAAGGAAAGGGCCUUGAAGAGCAGAACUGUGGAAGGUUCUGUCUGUGAAUCCUUGAACAGCCAUUUUCAGAAUAAACAGAAACAAUCUAGGGCUCUGACAUUGGAAAAUCAGAAGUCAGCUCUUAGUUGGGCGCAGACUAACCUUUUUUUGUUUGUGUGUUUUAUAAAAAAAAUCUUUUUAAUGCACAAAUGCAACCAGCAUGAAUUCCAUGCAUUUUCAGUGCACAGCUACUACCUGAAGACAAAUUAAGGCAGUUCAGCCUUCACUGAAAUUAAAAUGAUUUCAAGAGUUUAAGGUAAAUUAUUUGAUGCAGAUCCUCAUACUUUUAACAAUGAAUUCAGAUAGUUGAGUGACAAUCACUUUUCAGACUAAAAGGUAGGACUAUUCCAGAUAAGAAAUUGUUUUCUUUCCUUUUAAUAUUAAUGAGAUUGCCAUGCUUCAGAGAAAGUAUAAAUGAAAGUCAGUUAUAUCUGUAGCUAAAAGCAAUGAACAAUUACAUAAAUAAAUAAAUCAGAAGGCAAACAUAAUGAUGAAAGUAAUUAUUUAUCCUCCUGCUAACAUAGGGCAUGCUUUUACCAUUACUCUAAACCUGUGCUCAUGCCUGUCUAGCUCUCUUGCAUUGUUACUCAAGUUACAAAAAAGUCAGUCUUUCUGUUUGCAGUGAUACGAUUCUGACAUUUCCAAACUCAGAUUGAAGUGUUGGUUAUAACCUCUAAAGACCAUAUCACUCCGUUCCAGAUUAUUUUAGGGACCAUUGGAAUCUGCCCAGUCCUUACAAUUAGAAGAAAGGGAUUGGUUGCAGUCUUUGCCCCACAAGAUAACAAAGGAUAAACCAGAAGGUAAGUUUCUGUGGCAGGCCACUACUCAGAACCCUUUAUCCUUGGACAUGUGUCAGGUACCCUGAUGACUUACUUUAGUGACUCAAUUAUUGAGGGUGAUGAAUGUUUAGUUUCGAGUGGUACUCUUUUGUUAUCUUUCAUUCCUGGUAUAGGUAUUGAUCUUUAUGUUUGUAAAUCGCCUGAUGGACAAUGAAGAUACUGAAGUGGUAGAUAGGUUCUAUCUUUUAGGAUCAAACAAUAGUAAAAGAAAUAUGCUGCAGACUAGCACUUGGUACAGUAGCCAUGAAGACCUUGAAAAAUGUAUUUAGAAGAGCUUGAAAAAUGUAUUUGAUGAGUCUAUACCUACAAAGAUCAGAAUUGUUCCAGCCAUAAUAUUCUCUAGUGACACCCUGUGAAGCAAAUGGUGGACUUUGAAAAAGUCAGGUAGAAAGUGUAUUGAUGUUUUUGAACUUCCGAAGAAUACUACAGAUAGCAUAAAAAGCCCCAAACAAAUGUAUCAUCAAACAAAUCAACCCAGAUUUCCCACCUGAGCCACAAAUGAGAGACUCAAAACUAUGAUACUUAGGAUAUAUUAUGCAAAAGAUGACCAGCAGCAAGAUGAAUGGAUUCAGUUAUAGUGAUGAUGGCAGACUUGAAAGACCAGGUUAAGCACAGAUAAUCACAGAAAAAAACUGUGUGGUUAUACAAAUUGACACCAAAUUAAUGGCACAUAAUCAAAUCAUCUGGACUCUGAGGAAUUGGGUGGUAGAGCAAUGUUCAUAAAUAAAUGUUUUGAAGAUGUGGGAAUACUAUGAAUUUCAUUUUUUUUUUCUUUGCACAGGGAAGUGAACAGAUAUAUAUUGCUGAAGAUCUGCAAUAAUCUGGGGUGGCUACAAAGGGAAUAGCAUGUUCUGUAACCCAAUUUAUCAGCUGGAAAGAGCAUUUAGAGUGUGUGUCCUGCCUGCUGUUUUUUCCAAAGUCUGCUGGGUGAAGAUGGCAAUAUUUAUCUCCUAUCCGCAAAUUUAUGCUCCCUCAGUCUUAUGCCAGAGUUGUCAGCUCUGGGAUUGGCAGUCGGGCUCAGCAAAAGGCCUGAGGGGGGUGUACAAAAUCUAUUAUUUCUUCCUAUUCCUCAGACUUACCCAUCUUGGAGAGGUCAAGGUCAGGAUUGCAAGGCUUCUGUGCAAGGUUAUUUAUAUUGAUUAGUUGUAUAUUGUCAUAAAUGGUUGAAUGUCAAAAUUGCCUUGAUUUUUUUGUAUGUUUAGUUUUCACUGCUUUACUAACUAUAGCAACUAUUGCUUGGUAAGGAUUCAAUUUUUUUAAAGAUAGUAUCAUUCAGAUCUGCAAAAAAACUCAGAUUACCAGAUAUAGAGACCAUGAGCAUUUGUUUUAAGACUGUAGUAUUCAAGAUGUAGCUAAUGUCCAAUUUGAAUAAAAUACCUCCUAAGCAACUCCAAUAAUUUCUUAGAAUUUCAAAUGCUACAAAUAAAAUGUGCUGCAAAUUCAAGAGACUUCAUGUUUUUUCUAACAGUGUCACCAUAGCACCAUAUACUUCUGCUAUAACUUGAAUGCAGUACAGGUAGUCCUCAACGUACAACCACAAUUGAGCUGAAAACUUCAGUUGCUGAGACAUUUGUUAAAUGAGAUUUACCCCAUUUUAAGAUCUUUCUUGCCACAGUUAAGUUAGUAACACAGUUAAGUGAAUCUGGCUCCCCUGUUGACUUUGCUUGCCAAAGGUUGCAGAAGGCGAUCACUUGACCCAGGACACUGCAGCUGUCACGAGUCAGUUGCCAAGUGUCUGAAUUCUGAUCAUGUGACCGUGGGAAUGCCACAAUGGUUGUGUGAAAAAUGGUCAUUAAAGUCACUUUUUUCAGUGCUGUGGAAUGGUCAUUAAAUGGAUUGUUGUAUGUCAAAGACUACCUGUACAAUUGAUUCUAGUGCUUUUUCAUUGGAUCUCACCAUAGAACACAACACAAAAAGAACAGGCUUACAAAGGAAUAUUAGAGAAAAUCGUGGAUAAUUUUAAUAUUUACUUGCUGCAAGCCCAGUAUACUAGCAUAGGAAGCAGUAUGCCUCUCAACAAUUUGCUUCUACGAAUUAUGGAUAAGAGGUUAUGUAAUGUUUUUGAUUGACUUCUCUGGGAGUAGGGCUUUGCCUUUAUCUUGCACGAAUAUUCUUAGGCAAUAAUAAACCACUGGCCCAUCUAACUUUUUCUUUGGGGAGGUCUCUUCAGGUCAGUGCUGACACCUGCUGAGUACCUGCACAAGUCUCUUAAGGUUUUUUUGAAAUAUUUCAAAUUGGUUUGCCCUUUCUUGCUUCCUAGGGCUGAGAGAAAGUGACCGGCCCACGGUCACCAUUAAUGAAAUGGUGCAUUCUAGUGGAUCCAUAGCAUGACUGUUUAAAAGGUAUAUGAUUUAUUUAUUUAUUUAUGAGACUUAUAUACCGCUUUAAGUGCAAGCAAUCUCUAAGCGGUGUACACCAGUAAGCAAUGUAUAUUU